AUGGUUAGUUGUGCAGUGGCUAGCUGUAAAAAUAGUUCUGCUAAAAUAUCGAAAAACAAAGAUGGAAUUACGUUUCACCGGUUUCCACGGGAUAAAGACAGAUGUCAGCAGUGGGUGGUGGCAGUGAACAGGGAGCAGGGGUGGGCGGCCACCUCGUCUAGUGCGGUCUGUUCGGAACACUUCCUGACUCAAGAUUUCUAUCUCACUGACAGUGGGCUGCGGAGGUUGUCCGUCAAUGCUAUACCAGUUAUCAAUAUUUCUGCUUGCCAAGCCCCAGAGCCGACAAUAUCGAAACUGCCACCCAUAGACAUAAACCCAACGGACACUGAUGAGGUGAUCCAGCUGAAACACAAGGUGCGGAGGCUGGAGAUCAUAGCCGAGAACCGGAAGAGAAGGCUUAACCUUAUGUGGCAGAGAAAGAAGCGGCUUCGGAAGAAGAUUGAGAGGUUAAAAGGAUUGCUUAGACAUUUGGUUAAAGUAAAAAAGGCCAAAGAUGGGGGGAGCUGA